UACCGCGCUAUAUGACAUGUGCGCUGCUGCGUUUGUCUUUCUCAUAUUUCCCUAGUGGACGAUUUAACUACGAAUCCGGACAGAUCCUUCGCAUAGCAUUUCGUCUACAAAGCUGCCACCGUUUAAUAUACACAUAAUGAAAAAAUGGUAGAUGCAGAAUUCAAGCGAAAAUUGAAUGAGAUUCGAGAAAAAGUAGAAGAUCAUUUUGACUUUGAAGGAUGUAAAGUUGGUCGUGGAACAUACGGGAGUGUUUACAAGGCUAAACGGAAAGACGGUGCAGAUAAUAGAGAGUAUGCUCUCAAACAAAUCGAAGGCACUGGUCUUUCAAUGUCUGCAUGCCGAGAAAUUGCUCUUCUUCGUGAAUUAAAACAUCCAAAUGUUAUUACACUACAGCGUGUUUUUCUUAAUCAUACAACUAGACGAGUAUGGUUGUUAUUCGACUUUGCAGAGCAUGAUCUUUGGCAUAUUAUCAAAUUUCAUAGAACAACUAAAGCAAAUAAAAGUACAGUUCAAGUUUAUGGAAAUAUGGUAAAAAGUUUAAUGUAUCAAAUACUGAAUGGUAUUCAUUAUCUACACGAUAAUUGGAUUUUACAUCGAGAUUUGAAACCAGCAAAUAUUCUUGUCAUGGGUGAAGGUCCAGACAGAGGUCGUGUUAAAAUAGCCGAUUUGGGUUUUGCUCGUCUAUUUUAUCAACCAUUGAAACCGUUAGCUGAUCUAGAUCCUGUUGUUGUAACAUUUUGGUAUCGUGCACCUGAACUAUUGUUGGGUGCAAGACAUUAUACAAAAGCAAUUGAUAUUUGGGCUAUCGGUUGUAUAUUCGCUGAAUUGUUGACCUAUGAACCGAUAUUUCAUUGUCGUCAAGAGGAUAUUAAGACAAGUACACCUUAUCAUAAAGAACAAUUAGAACGAAUAUUUCGUGUAAUGGGUUAUCCUCCAGAUGAUGCUUGGGUCGAUAUGAAAAAAAUGCCAGAUUAUCAUCAAUUAAUGCGUGAUUCUAUCAGCAAGAAAACAUACGGCAAGUAUUCAUUGGAGGGUUAUCUUGAAGAGAAAAAGUUCAAAGUAGACGAAAGAGAAUUAACGCUGCUCCGGCGUUUACUUACCAUGGAUCCGGUGAAACGUUUGUCUGCCGCUGAAGCUAUGGAAGAUCCCUACUUUAAAGAGGGUGAAAAACCGAAUGAUGACGUUUUUGGAAAUCUGCCUAUUCCUUAUCCUAAACGUGAAUUCAUCUCCGAUGAUGAUGCAGAUGAAAAACAAACUGGUGCAGAUAAAAAUGUAACACAACCUACUCAACAACAACAACAGCAGCAACAAACUGCAGCUGGAGCUGGUGGUGGUGGUGGUGGUGCUAGUCGACAGACUGCUGCACAUCCUACGGGGAUGCAUACUCAUACUCAUCAAUCCCAACAACAGCCAACAGCAAUCUCAACAGCAACAACAGCAGCAACAGCGGGGAAACAGUGGUGCACAACCACAAUUACCACCACCAGCAGCACCACCACCACCACCAAAUCAGCAACAAUCUCAACAACAAAGAGCAGGUGGUGGAAAUCAACCACCACCAACACACCAACAACACAUGAAUGCUACCGGUGGUGGUGGUGGUGGUCAGCCUAAUCCGCAUACAAGACAAUUACCUCAUCAACAGAAUGACGACAUGUCGUCCAGUAAACGUAUUCGACUAUCUCAAGGGAAUAGCGAUGCAUCGAUUGCACCACCACCGGCACCAUCUUCUUCAGCAACCUCCUCGUCGUCGGCAGUCAACAACAGUGGAUUGUUGAAUACAAAUAAAACAGCUCAAUCUCAGCAACAUAAUAUGCCUAAUGCUGGAUCGAAUUAUCCACAUCAACAACAGCAACAGCAGCAGCAACAACAGCAGCAACAGCAACCGAUGAGAAACAUUCCAUCAAAUCACCUAGGUCAUCCAGGAGCUACUUAUCCACGUUAUCAUUGACAGUCUACAGUAUCUCGCAGAAUGUUAUCUUGUACAUUGCUAUUUCCUUUUUAGUUUAUUCUUAAUACUUGUACAUAUUUUU